AGCACGGAGCCGCCGAGCAGCCGCGCGCACGCAGGGCUCUCUCGCGCUUAUCCCACCGCGGAGCGCGCGCGCAGCGCGCAGGAGGAGGAGAUGUCCCGGCGCAAGCAGACCAAACCCCAGCAGCACGUCGCGCAGGCCGCGGAGGGAGAGGCACCGGAGCACGUGCUCUCGAGAAGAGAUGGUGAUGACGAGAGCGGCAGCGAGAGCCGCAGUGGCAGCGAGGAGACUCACGUCUGUGAGAAGUGCUGUGCCGAGUUCUUCAAGUGGUCGGAGCUUCUGGAGCACCAGAGGAAGUGUACAGAGGAGCCCCCUGUGCUGAUCGUGAAGGAAGACGAAGAAUUCCUCACUCCUCAGGACUCGCCUCCGGAAUCCUUUUUGAGCGACCCGGCCGAAAUGGAGAGCGUGGAUCAGGAAUUUGAUUCCGCUGAAAAGGGACAAGAAGCCCUUGGCGUUCCUGAGGGGAAAUAUGUGGCAGAAGCUGACGAGCCUAUGGAUACUAAUGAACCUGUGGAUAAAACAUCAAACCCUAGCCCUGUUCCACCAGAUUCCAGUGAGAGCGUCACCCCUCCUCACACUACUUCAUCAUCAUCAUCUUUAAUCACCACCAACUAUGACAUUCCCAGCACAAACGUAACCUUGGAGAUCCUCCAUAGCACCAGGGUUGCAGUUGCCCAGUUUUCCCAGAACUUCCAGGGCGAUGGGUCUACAAGUAAGGUGAGCUCAGUGGCAAUACCCAUGAUUCUGGAGCAGCUGAUGGCUUUACAGCGCCAGCAGGUCCACCAGUUGCAGCUCAUCGAGCAGAUUCGCAGUCAGGUUGCCGUGAUGAAUAGGCACCCCACGCAAGCGGCAUUAAAACCAGCCUCCAAAGGUCCACCCUCUGUUUCCUCCACUUUCCACCACCAUUUCCAGAGCAUGGCUCCUCCUCCUCCUGUACUUCCGUUAUCUGGAGUCAUGCCGUCCGCUGUGAAUGGUCAAGCAUCUUUGUCCCAGACAUCCAUACUUGAAGGUCCAGCCUUUUUGUCUUCACAGCUACUUGAUGCACAAUCUAGUACUAAUAGUAUAAAAGGAAAAAACAGUUCCCCAGUUUCCUUAGCAAACCCAAGUUCUUCACUGUCCACUUACACUGGGGCAUCCUCACUGCUGCCUUCCAGUAAUGGUGUUCUCUCGAAUGGUAGUCACAUCCAACCUCUGAGCUCUUCUGGCCCGCUCUCAGUAUGCCAGAGCAGCGUACUCAAUCCCUCUGCCAACCUUCCAUUGCUACCUCAAAGCCCUCCUAGUGGAGUCAUCUUCCCCAACCCACUCGCCAGCAUUGCAGCCACCACCAAUGCACUAGACCCACUUGCUGCUAUGAUAAAGCAACGCAAGGGCAAAAUGCCCAGCGCCUCUAUAUUUGACACCAAGCCCAGUUCUGAGGACCCUUUCUUCAAGCACAAAUGUAGGUUCUGUGCCAAGGUGUUUGGCAGCGACAGUGCCUUACAGAUCCACCUGCGAUCUCACACAGGUGAGAGGCCCUUUAAAUGCAACAUAUGUGGAAAUCGCUUCUCCACCAAGGGAAAUCUGAAAGUUCACUUCCAAAGGCACAAGGACAAAUACCCUCAUGUUCAGAUGAACCCGUACCCAGUGCCAGAAUAUCUUGAUAAUAUUCCGACCAGCUCGGGCAUUCCCUACGGUAUGUCGUUCGCUCCGGAGAAAGCCGGGUCUACAUGGUUAGACAGCAAACCUGUUCUACCAACGCUACCUGCUACAGUAGGCCUACAGUUGGCACCAGCAGUAGCAAGUGUGGAAAACUUUAACGAUUCUUUUAGCAAAGCUCUCUCAGGAAGUUCUCCACAAAGGCCCUUAUCAACCCGCAAUGAAAGUGCGCAUUUCUCCGAAUCUCCAAAUGCUGCUGGUCCUGAACUGCCUUUGCAGCCUGACAACUUACCAAGCAUUCUUAAACUAACGGCAUCUCCCCAGCUUAACCUGGAAGAAAGAACGACACCAAAUUCAAAUUUAAAAGCAGAAGAAUUUCACUUACCCACAAACUGUGCAACCAGAGAUGUGGAACAUUUGCAACACUCAAACACUGCAAAUACUGCAAAUACUGUUAAUAUAACUCCAGCACUACACAGCACUACUCCAGUAUCUAUGUCUACAGGAAUACUCACAAGAGAAAACACACCAGAGUCCACGGACUUGGUAACCUCAGCGAUGAAGUCCUCUUCUUCUUCUUCUCCUCCUCUGAACAGGGAUCAAAUUAAAAGCAGGUUUCCAUUCCCAGCCCUCGACUCCAUGCAGACAUCGGAGACAUCGAAGCUCCAGCAGCUUGUGGAGAACAUCGACAAAAAGAUGAUGGACCCCAAUCAGUGCGUGAUCUGCCACCGAGUGCUCAGCUGUCAAAGUGCGCUGAAGAUGCACUAUCGCAUCCACACUGGGGAGAGGCCUUUCAAAUGCAAGGUUUGCGGCCGAGCUUUCACCACGAAGGGCAACCUGAAGACUCACUUUGGUGUCCACCGUGCAAAGCCUCCUCUUCAGGUUCAACACUCCUGUCCGAUCUGCCAGAAAAAGUUCACCAACGCUGUUGUUUUGCAGCAGCACAUCCGCAUGCACAUGGGCGGCCAGAUUCCCAACAACCUCCAAACUCUGGCAACAGACGCUAUACGGGAAAAGGAAGCUGAUCUGCCCUUUGAUGAGAAGAGUUUUGACCACAGGAAUGAGGAUGAGGAUGAUGGGCUUGAUGAUUUUUCAUGUGAAGGUGACGGGGACUUUAUGGAAAAUGGGGAAAAUGAUGAAAACCCCCUUAUCUCUUUUUCAGAGAGUUCGUCGCCACUUUCGCCACUACCUCCUGCUCUAACCGAAUUCAAAACUUCAGCUGGCGAAUCAAGAGCUGGCCUUUUAACUGGACACAAGUUGGUAACGAGUGGCCUUCUGGACAGCGAUAAUCCAGUUAGCGGUGCUUCUUCCAUUGGAGAUUUUGAGAAUCUGAGUCCUCUCAUGCCUGAGUCAGAAAGCUUCAUUAAUAGACCUCUUACCCCAACAAAAUGUCAACCUGAGGGUCAUCCCGAUGGUGCAGUUUCCCUCAACAUCAUUUCACACAACCACGAGAAGGCUGCUUCAAUUAAAUGUGAAUUGUUAGAUAACCCAAGCUCAAAUGGGAUGAAUGGAACAAUCCUCGAUCAGAUCAAGUCAUCAGUCAAGAAAGAGUUCGCCUACAAUGUGCACUGUUUUAGCAAAGAGCAUGGAACAACCCAGAGGUCUCCAGAAUUGGACAUCAACCAUAUACAACAUCAACGUGCCUCUGUCAAACUGGAGAUGGAAGGUUUAAAUAGGCCAUACCUAAUAAAAGAAGGUUCCUUUCCUUCAUUUGUUGGAUCCAUUCAGUCUUCACCAUCCCCUUCUGAAGCAAUGAUCCCAGGCAUGACUUCACUGCUCGGGACUCCACCGCCUCGACGGACCCCUAAACAGCACAACUGUAAUGCAUGCGGGAAGAACUUCUCCUCAGCAAGUGCCCUGCAGAUCCACGAGCGCACUCACACUGGUGAAAAACCUUUCGCUUGUUCCAUCUGUGGACGAGCUUUCACAACAAAAGGCAACCUCAAGGUACACAUGGGUACCCACAUGUGGAAUAACACUCCUGCCCGCAGAGGACGACGGCUGUCUGUGGAAAACCCUCUGGCUCUUCUGGGUGGCGAAGCUCUAAAAUUCAACCAAGUAUUUCAGAAGGAUCUAGCAGCUCGGGCCAUGAACGUGGAUCAGAACUUCUGGAGUCGAUACGCCGCGGCCAUUAGCAGCGGUUUAGCCAUGAAGAACAAUGAAAUUUCGGUCAUUCAGAACGGUGGGGUACCUCAGCUUCCCGCCAUGACCAUGGCCAUGGACAAGUCCAGCACGGGCAACAGCUCACCAAUCAUGACCCUGGGAAAAACCAGCGUAGACCUCGGGACUGGACGGCACUUUUCCAUGUUGAUUGAUGACAAUAAAGAGAUUAGAAUCAAUUAACUAUAAAGACAGGAUGAAAAUAUUCUCAUAUGCAAAGAUAUACACGGACAAUAAAGCUCUAAAGACUCUAAAGACAGUAUGUCCUUACUUUGAACUGAUGUUUUUAUCCACUGUUUAGAAUUGUAGGAAGAUCAGUGUCCCGUUUCCUGUUUCCCUUUUCCUUUUUCCUUUUUCUACGGUCAGGUUAGUUACAACACCUUUUCUUGAGAAACGAGAGACUCGAUUAAUUGGACUUCCCAUAAGAGUCAAAAGUCAAAAAUCAUAAGGGAAAUCAGACAACCGAGCUAAAAGCACCAACACAGACUAUAAUACCACUUAUAAUACAAAAGCAGUACCUUUGAUAUGAAAUUUGUAUUCCAUGCAAUUUUAGGGAAGGUAGUAGAUUUUUUUAUGCGGAAGAAAAUCAGGAUGUUUUUUGUUCUGUUUACCACUGGAAAACUGGAGUACUGAAAGUGCUCAUUGUGUUCAUUAUGUCCGAAACGUGAAGCUAUUCUAUGUGAUUUUACGACAAUAAAGUGGAGGCGCUGUUCAGGGGGAAGAAAUGGGUUUUUGUUAAGCAAUUAAAAAACAAAACAAACAAAAAAAACACGUUAAAUGUAUAUACAGCUUUGGAAAAGUAUAAGAGAGCACUUAAAAAUGAUGAUUUUCUUUGAUUUUACCAAAUUGAAAAGCUCUGGAAUAUAAUCAAGAGGAAGAUGGAUGAUCACAA